UCAUGCUGCUGCCAGGUCCAGAGUCUCUCAUGGGUCCCUGUACGGCCUCCCAUUGCUGCUGUCUCCAUCGCCACACUCUGCCAUGUGCCACUUUCAGGUCUCCUCACACUGCUGGUGUGUUCCAUUUUUUUGUCAUAGGGUGCUGGCAGAUUACGGGCCUCCCAUAGCUGCUGCCAGGCCCCUAAUCUGCCAUGGGCCCCUAUAUACCGCCUCCUCAUGCUGCUGCCAAGUCCAGAGUCUCUCAUGGGUCCCUGUACGGCCUCCCAUUGCUGCUGUCUCCAUCGCCACACUCUGCCAUGUGCCACUUUCAGGUCUCCUCACACUGCUGGUGUAUUCCAUUUUUUGU